UACUACUUCACCUCACGAGUCUCACGCACGCACCACCUCCCUUUCUAGAGAGAGAAAUAGCACCAACAAACAACAACGCCUAUAGUCUAGUAGAGCCUAGAGAGAGAAAGCGCGAGGAGAGGAGAGGAGAUGGAGCGGCCGGCGCCGGUGAGGAAGUCCCACACCUCGACGGCCGACCUCCUCGCCUGGCCGCAGCAGCAGCACCAGCCCGACGGCCACGCCGCCUCCACCCCCUCCCCCGCUCGCCGCCCCCACCAGCCAUCGGAGGCGCUGAGGAAGGUGGUGUUCGGUGGCCAGGUCACGGAGGAGGAGGCCGAGAGCCUCAACAAGAGGAAGCCAUGCUCCGCGCCCAAGUGGAAGGAGAUGACCGGGAGCGGCAUCUUCGCGGCCGGCGCCGACGGGGAGGCGGAGGAGCCCGGCAGCGCCGCCGCGCCCGGCCGCGCCGCCCCGCGCAAUUACCAGCCAGUUACUGUGAGCCACAUUUCAUUUGCUGAGGAUGGAAGUGUUCCUCCCAAAAAGCCAACUUCAGUGGCUGAGGUAGCAAAGCAGCGUGAGCUUAGCGGUACUCUGCAAAGUGAAGCAGACAGUAAGAUGAAGAAGCAGAUUUCAAAUGCAAAAUCAAAGGAACUCAGUGGCCAUGGCCUUUUUGACCCUCAAGAUGUAAGGCCUAAUGGGGCAAGGAACACAGCAAAUGGCACCGGUGCCUCACACACACCUGUGAGAAAUGCAAAUGUGAGCAGCUUCUCGUUUGGGGAGGCCAACACUGACAGCGUGACGAAAACUGCAAAGAAGAUAACUGGCAAGAAAUUCACCGAUCUCACAGGCAACAACAUAUUCAAAGGAGACGAGGCCCCUGCUUCUGCGGAGAAGCAUCUGAGCACCGCGAAGCUGAAAGAAAUGACUGGGAGCAACAUAUUCGCGGAAGGACAGGCGCCAACCCGAGAGUAUCAUAGCGGGAACCGCAAGCCUCCUGGCGGCGAGAGCAGCAUUGCGCUGGUUUAGCAUUCUGGUGGACACCGUCGCUGUCCGUGUUUUCCUCUUUAGGAUGAACCCUAGGAGUCGUUCUAUCAGCAGAUUGAGCUGCCAGUUUGCUUUCCUGUUUCGACGGUUAGGCAUAAAGUUUGUUUCCUGCUGAUGUGGGUAAAGACAGGCUAUGCUCUCCUAGCAUAACAUUUGUUGUGGUGUUGUAGUUUGGUAUGGUCAGUCACUUUGCUGUGACAUACUCAAAUGGAACAGCCUACAUGGUGUGCGCUCUCAUUUCUGUGACUGAAGAUGCCGUUGCUUUGGUGUCUCUCCUUUCAUUGUGUACGCCAGAUCUGUACUGUUGACAAAUAAUAAAUUGGUUGGUAUGUUGCCUAAAA